CUGAAAUCUCUCAGACACAGUCAGCAGGGCAGCCAUGAAGUAACAAUUGACAGACAGACACGGAACCUGGUGCCAACGAACCUAAAAAAAAUCAUUGAUAUCAUUAUACCCGGACAUGGGCGUGAUCUUUUUCAGACGCAAACAACCCCCAACUAGUGGUGUGUCAUAUCAAAGUCCUCCCUCUUUAAACCCCUCUUACGUACUUUCGCUCCGUCUCAGAGAAAACCCCUCUGCAAACCGGCCUUCACGUAUUCGACACUCGACAGAGUAACCAGUCUGACCAACCCCUGACUUCAUCACCUCCUCAUCAUCAUUCACAUCUUCAAGCUGUAUUAGCACUCAAUUGUGUGAAUGGGCAAUGCCUGCAGUUCCCAGCAUCCUUCUGCUGUCUAUCUGGCCUUAACGCCUCCAUAAUUAACAUCCUCCGCUGCAUCUUCUUCUGACAAAGCCUGCCACACCUCUACAUGUGAAACACAUUAGACUGACCUAGAUUUAUCUUGCAGGAUCAAUCUAAUUCAGACUUCUCCAGCACUAACUGUAUUGGUUUGACCUCUCAUCUGAUUAUUUUGUCCUCAAUCAUCUAAGAAGACUUAAAUAUCCUUCCAAAAUAAGCUGCUUCCUCUCAUUCACUUAUUUGGAUCUCUGAAGCUGCAAAUCAAUCAUGUGGUCCACGUUCAUCGUGCAGGAUGAAGAGGUAAGGACAGGGAAUGCAUCUGCUGGGGUACACCAACCUUCCUGUGCGCUGGAAGGGUUUUUGGGAUCACGGGGCGGCGGACGUAAGCGCCGACAUAGAACACACCCCAAUUCUGGAGAUGGAAUCAGCGAAAGCCAAGAGGGCAAAAUCAAGCUGACGUUAUUCUUGGCUGUAACCGGCAUUAUGCUCACUGUGCUCGGGGUGGGCACAGAGUUCUGGGUGGAACUUGUACCAUCCAAGAGCAUCUACAACAAUCAGACUUGUCUGGUAGCACAUUAUGGCUUAUGGAAAUGCUGUACCAAGACGUUCUGGGGGACAGAUAUGGACCCAAAGCAGGAGAUCUGUGGGCCUUCGCACUUACAUGGAGAAUCCAAUUGCACCUUCUUUAAGUUCUACACCACUGGAGAAAACAUUGUCCUAUUUCAGAAAACGCCAGAAAAGGAUCUGACAGUAGCAUCGGCUAUGUUAGCUAUCAUUAGUCUUUUCCUGAUGGUGAUGGGAGCUAUGUGCAUUAUCAUGGCAGUAGGCAAAGGUGUUCAGUUCUUCUUGAAGCCAGCCGCAGCUUGCUUCAUACUGUCAGGUGUCUUAAUCUUCCUCUGCCUCAUAAUUUUCCACCAAUCAGUGCUUUUAUUCUUAGCAAGUGACCAAUCCAUACCUCUACGCCAUGAAAUGUCAUGGUCAGUGACGUGUGUGGGCUGUGCAGGGGCUCUGGCUGUUGUUGCUGGGGUCUUGUUCUUGGUCCUUGCUCUUCCAUACAGUCCAUGGAAAAAGUGCCUACCUAAGAAGAACAGUGACAUCUAGUGGUGUGGAGGCUGAAGUUUACUUCUCAUACAGAUUGCACUGAAUCCUACUGAUAAUGUGGAACAGAUAACAACAGUAGUCCCAUGCAUCCUGGUGAAUCUGGGAAAAAAGGGUUCAUGAACUGUACACACACACACACACACACACACACGCACAACCACACGGUGGUUGGCAAUAGAUGAGUUGG